AUGUCGCUACAGACGCUGGUGCCUCCUUCUCGUCUGGACAUGUGGAAGCCCAGGUGCCUGUCUCAGCUGCAGGAAGCCCACAGCGAAGCCAAGAGGAUCUCCGCCCAGGCCAAGCCGGCUUAUCAACCCGCAGCAGAAGCACUUCAUGGGCCCAUUCACCUCAAUCAAAGCUGCUAUUUAGCUCUUGGUGAUCUCCAGCUGCAGCCUCUGCUCUGUCCUCCACCCUCUGACUGCAUCUCUGAGCCUCUACAGAUGCUCCCACUGCUCCCCCAGCUGCUCCCUUAG